CUGGAACUGACAGAGGAAGAUGACCGGUGUCGAGCUGCGCAUUGAACUGCCGGCGUACUCACACUCCUUUAACAUAUCAGUGCCCCCCUCAAGCACAAUCCAGCAGGUCAAGGAAGAGAUUUCGCGGGCUUGUCCGGGCCAACCCCGCAUCGACGGUCAAAGGCUCAUCUCCAAGGGGCGUAACCUGGCAGACGACGAGAAGAUAACUGACUUGUGGAAGGCGCCCUCCGACUCGCGCAUAUUACACUUGGCUGUUCACCCUUCAGCAUGGAAGGCUGACCCUCCAGCGCCAGAACUCUCUGGCUCGAAGCCUCCUCCUCUCAAUCUUGAUACAUCGCCUUUUCUCUCUCCACCAUCCACAUUCCCUACCUUCUCAUCUGCCAUCUAUCACCCUCGACUCAUCCCUGGCGGCCUACAGCUUCCUGAACCCCCAGCAUCUUCAAGGACUCCGAAGCCGGUGGAACAUAAGCCCAUGCCAUAUAUCGUCCUCUUGCACCAGAACGCCAUCUCUGCAUUGGUCACUGGUAACCCUCCUCCGCCGCCUUCUGGUUUCAACGAGCUGCGGGAUGCAGCCAAGGCGGCAGUCAAUGCCCUUGGCUGGGAAUGGCCAUCAAUCCUCGAUGACGCUUAUCCAACAGCAAGCUCAGAGGAAGGGGAAGGUUUGAAAUACGAGAGGAGCAUCGUCCACGGCCGGCCAUACCUCACUUUGAAACCUACCCCCAAUGCAAGUCCAACGCAAGUACAGCUACAUGCCCUCCACGUGCUUUCAUACACCUUUACCCUCCUGGAGGUCAACGUCGUUUCCUCCAACAUCGCGACUGUCACAACUCGCCACAUAGUCGUCAAUGGCAACGACCCUUUGCGUGCUGAGCGAUUGCUCGAAGAACUCGGGGGACCCAAUCCUGCCAAUGAACGGAUCCUUCAAGAGUUGGGUCUUCGUCGAGGACAGAACAACAACAACAACAACAACAACAACAACAACAAUUUGAACUGGCCGGGGAUCCCCUUGCGACCUCUCCUCAUGCCGUUAGGCAUGCUCAUCUUCCGUGCAGUGCUUCUCCUGUAUUUCGUUGGACCAGUCCGCAAACCUGUGGUCGGGAUCCUUAUAUUCGCCUGGGUAUUGUAUGAACUUUGGCAACCCGUCCGGAACCUUCUCCUUGAGCGCCCUCAGCAACAGCAGCCAGCGAACAAUGCCCCCAAUCAGAACAAUGGAAACAACAACCCUGUUCCUCCCAAUCACAAUGGCGCUCCCAACGGUGCGGCGAACGCCAAUCCUCCCGCUAACGGAGGAAUCUUCCAGGUUCAGCAAGCGCAAGCACCCGGUGUUCGGGUCAUCGAGGUCCAUAUCAACUUGAACUCCAUUUUUAACUAUCUAGCAGAUCUCAACCUCCAGUCAGAGCAGCAAAUACUCGACCAAGCAGACCAAGCCCCUGUCCCCGAGCCAGGGAUCGGUCACAAGAUUGCUUCGUUUAUUGGUUUGUUCCUCGGGUCACUGCACCCUGCCCUCUGGAACCGAAGACGCCUUGCACUGCGGAGAAGAGAAGGGCCCAUUCGAACGGAAGCCAACAUUCGCCAACAACCCGAUCCAGAACCCCCCGCAGAAAACCCUUCUGAGGAACAAGAGCAAGAAGAUGGUUCGAGGCCCGGUGAACAGGUGGACAAUCGCGCCACCGAAAUGAGGGACGAGUUGAGAGCCAAACAUGCUCGCCGUCCGGAAUGGGUCAGGAGAUAUAUUGAUCGUGUAGUGGAGGAGGAUUGGGUCGAUGAUGCAGAUUAA